AUGAAAAAAUCUAAUGAACAACAAAAAGAAAAAUAUAAAUGGAUGUAUGAAAAAGAUGAUCAACUGCUGUUGGAAAAUAACAAGGAUGAGAGGAAAAUGAUUGAAGGGCCUGAUCAGUCCAGAAAUGCUGGAAUUGAAACAUGGAAUUACAAGAUUCGCAAUUCCCUCAUGUUUUAUCCAGAAGGUCAUGAUAAAGGAGCAGUCGAAGAAAAUACACGGUGCGCACCCAAGAAGAUUGUUCAUCAUGCUACAAGGUUUGAAUCUACAGAAGAAGCGUCGAUCACAAGUAGUAGUAGCGCGUCUGAAACUCCCACAGUCGGCGGUUACAGUUUUGUAACUGCUACACCUUCUCCGAACCCUUCACAAAUUGACAGCUCGGAGUUAAUGACUUGGGGUAUGAUAGAGGGUACUCCGUUAUUGAUCGGAGGAGAUCAAUCACCAGGUCGUGCUUUUCAAUUACCACCUACACCACGCAGAGAAAUCAUUGGUAUGAAUCUUUCAAGUAGUGCUUCGCGGAAUUUACGCAAACGAAAUCUCUCUAUGAGAUCACCAAGUCCAUACUCUACCCAAAGUCCCCUGACAAAAAUUGCUAGUCCAAGAGAGCGUGCUUCAUUAUUAUCACCAGCUGCACGAAAAUUAUUGCGUAAAUCGAAUUUGCCAAAAUCGGUUGGUGUGGACGUCCAACUUAGAGCUUCUUAUGCUGCGUCACCAAGAAGUAGAGUUCCCGUCACACCUUCAAAACUAGUCACGCCUACAUUCAAUUCAUUCCCUGACAAAUUUGAUGUAACUCCCAAAGCAAAGACUGAUGAGCCUUCUGAAAAUUCAAUAAAAGACGAUAAAUAA